AGGAUGUUCCUCCUGCUCACAGCACUGCAAAUCUUGGCUACAGCCAUGACCCAGAGCCAAGAGGAUGAGAACAAGAUAAUUGGCGGCUAUACGUGUGUCCAGAACUCCCAGCCAUGGCAGGCGGCCCUGAUGGCAGGUCCCUGGCGUCACUUUCUCUGUGGAGGGGCCUUGCUUUCAGACCAGUGGGUCAUCACCGCUGCUCACUGUGCCCGGCCGAUCCUGCGGGUGUACCUGGGCAAGCACAACCUGAGGAGGUGGGAGGCCACCCAGCAGUUGCUGCGCGUGACUCGCCAGGUGACACACCCCUACUACAACUCCCGGACCCAUGACAACGACCUGAUGCUGCUUCGGCUGGAGAAACCUGUCACUCUGGGGAGGGCAGUGAGGCCCAUCUCCCUUCCUAAGGAUUGUCCCAGCCCCGGGACCCCCUGCAUUGCAUCAGGCUGGGGGACCAUAUCCAGCCCUAUUGCCAGGUACCCACACUCUCUGCAAUGCGUGAAUAUCAACAUCACCCCGGAUCAGGUGUGUCGGCGGGCCUAUCCCGGAGCCAUCACUCCUGGCAUGGUCUGUGCAGGGGUCCCCCAGGGCGGAAAGGACUCUUGUCAGGGUGACUCUGGGGGACCCCUGGUGUGCAGAGGAGAGCUCCAGGGCCUCGUGUCCUGGGGAAUGGAGCGCUGCGCCCUCCCCGGCUACCCCGGCGUCUACACCAACCUGUGCAAGUAUCAAGACUGGAUCAAGCAAACCAUGCGAAGCCAAUGA